GCAAAGGUACGUCGUCUUCCGUCCUUUAGUUCAGCUGAUCGUCUGUGGUUUUUUGUGAACUUGAAAUUGAGUUUGGUGAGGUUGGGACAUCAAGGAAAUAUGUUGGCUGCAGCUAAACAGUUUAUAGAUUUUGUAAAUAAGGGACCAUCCCCUUUUCAUGUUGUUGAUGAGUGCAAGAGACUCCUGCGUGCAAGUGGUUUCAAGGAAAUAAGGGAAAGGGAACCAUGGAACAUAGAGAAUAACCAAAAGUACUUCUUAACACGUAAUCAAUCAACUAUUAUUGCAUUUGCUGUUGGAGGUAGAUUUGAACCCGGAAACGGAUUUACUAUGAUUGGUGCUCAUACUGAUAGUCCAUGUCUAAAGGUAAAACCAAAGUCUAAUAAAGUUCGACAUGGCUACCAGCAGGUAGGUGUGCAGUUGUAUGGAGGUGGAAUAUGGAAUACCUGGUUUGAUCGUGAUCUUACUGUCGCUGGUAGAGUUUUAGUUAAGGAAGGUAGUAAUGUGAUUCAUCAUCUUAUAAAUGUUGAGAGACCGAUUCUUCGCAUUCCUCACCUUGCUAUACAUCUGAAUCGCAAAAUCAACGAACAUUUUGGACCUAACUUAGAAAACGAAUUACUCCCAAUCAUUGCCUCUACAAUACAAGGACCAAGUUGUCCCACUACACCCGAAGCUGCAAAACUCUCACCUGCACUGCUGAACAUCAUAUGUAAUGAACUCAGUGUUGAGGAGAGCAAAGUUUUGGACUAUGAACUCUGUCUUGCAGACACACAGCCAGCGGCCAUUGGUGGCGCCAUGGAAGAAUUCAUAUUCGCUCCUCGUCUGGACAACCUUGUCAAUGCUUAUUGUGGCUUAAUUGGCCUGAUCCAGUCUUGUGAUGAACCAGAAAGCUUGAACUCUGACCCCAACAUCAGGAUGGCUUUAUUGUUUGAUAAUGAAGAGGUAAGAGAAAACGUUUAA